CUGCUCCACAACCGCCAAGUCUGACUGACCAGGGAUGCGCCAAGCUGGAAGAAUGCUGCGUUCUGCUGCUAGGGACCCACGGCCCGAGCACCUAGAGUGACAGAACGAAUCAAAAAUUGCCAUGAAGGUCCUCGCAUCCAGGCCGUGAGACAUCAGGCUGAGCCGAUUCCCGCCGAGCCAGUAUAUGCGGCAUGCUUCAGCUUCAGUUCAAAAAAGCGCGAGUCCAAGACCCCGAUGAACCAAGAAAUUCAAUGAAAUCCUCGAAUGACGUCGCUGCUAGCCCGGCACAUGAGAGUUUCCUGGCGGCCACCCUGAACAUAUUCAAUUCAUUUCGUCAUUUUCUGAUAUAUCCCUCAUUGUAGGGCUGGGCCCAGGCCACGGCUCGGCGGACCGCCGUUUAUCGCGCCACCAAGUUCAUGUGAUCCUCUCGCGUUGCGUAAUGUUUUGAUAUGCGAACGCGCUUCUUUAAAGGUGGGUGCCCCACGGGGCCGACAUUUAGGACUCUCACGUCUUUUUUACCUGGGGUACCUCUCGGAGGAGCCGAUCUAACGACGACGAACGAAGCUUGACGGGCAGACACGAACUCACGAAAAUGCCGCUUGCGCCGAAAGUAUAUACCUGGCUAUGCGGGCUGUUCGCGUCACUGGGGAGUAUCAUCUUUGGCUAUGACUUGGGUGUCAUCGCCGGUGUGACACCAGCCUCCGACUUCAUAGCCCACAUGGGGCCCCUAUGGCUGACCAACAGCAACAUCCAAGGCCUCGUCGUGUCCAUCCUCGUCCUCGGCUGUCUCCUCGGGAUGGUCCCCGUCGCCUGGGUCGCCGACAAAUUCGGUCGCCGCCACACCAUCCAGCUCGGCGCGCUGAUCUACAUGCUCGGCGGCGCGCUGCAGACCGGCGCGCGCAACCUCGGGAUGAUGCUCGCGGGGCGGUUCUUCGCGGGUGUCGGGAUCGGCAUCAUGUCGGAUCUGGCGCCGCUGUACCAGGCGGAGAUUGCGCACCCGAGUAUCCGGGGCCGGUUGACCACGCUGCAGCAGUUCAUGCUCGGCAUCGGUGCGUUCACCGCGUCGUGGGUGACCUACGGCUGUUCGGCUGGGUUGAAGGGCCAUGCCGCUGAAUGGCGGCUUCCUUUGGGUCUUCAGAUCAUCCCUGCCAUCCCUCUGUUCAGUUUCAUCCUGCUCCUCCCCGAAUCUCCUCGCUGGCUCGCCGAAAAGGGCCGCAUGGACGAAGCGCGAGCAACGCUCGCACGUCUGCACGCACGCGGCGACCUCGACGAUGCAUUCGUGCUUGCCCAGAUGAAGGACAUCGAGGCCGACAUCCAUCGCAAUCGCGAGAUGGGGGAGGCGUCCUGGAGCGAACUGUUCACCAACGGGAGCAAUUUCCGGCGUCUGGCGCUGGGCUAUAUCCUGCAGUUCUCCGUGCAGAUGACGGGUGUCAGCGCGAUCCAGUACUACUCCACGACGAUCUUCAAGACCAUGGGCUUUUCUUCGACACGGAUCCUGCUGUUCCAGUCGAUCAACUCUAUUAUCGCGCUGAUCGGCGAGGCUGCCUGCGUGCUUUGGAUUGACCACGUCGGCCGACGAGGGCCCUUGAUCGUCGGCAACGUCGCAUCGGGCUUGUCUUUCGUCGUCGGGUCCAUCCUCAUGGCCCGAUGGCCCGGCACUGUGAACAACAAUGCCGCUCACUAUAUCUUCAUUUUGACGACCUGGGUAUUCAACUUCUUCUUCAGCGCCUGUAUCGGCCCGCUUUCCUGGGCGUACCCAGCCGAGAUCUACUCGACUCGAACACGCGCCAAGGCCACUGCCAUCACCAGCUCUGCGUCGUGGAUUUCCAACUUUAUGAUCGCCCAGGUGACUUCACCGGCGUUCCAGAGUAUUGGAUGGAAAUAUUAUCUCGUCUUUGCGAUCUGCGGACACACCAACGCUCUGUUCGUUUGGGCCUUCUACCCAGAGACGACCGGCCGUCGUCUAGAAGAAAUGGACACCCUCUUCGCUGACGCGCCCCUGUUCGUGCCAGGCACGCCAUACGUCAAGCGCGGCGACCGACACGCUGCGGAACGCGAGCUGCGCGACGGGACGUUCCGGCCCGGGGACCUCACUGAGCGCGCCGUGCCGCAGGACUACGAGGCUAAGCCGAGUGUCGAGAAGGUCAGCGACGAGCGGAUCGAUUGAGCUCCCUUGUGUAUGCUUGGUGAUGCCAUUUCUUUCACCGGUCACGAUAUCAUGCUGUAUAUUAGCUGUACUUGUUGUCUCUAGUCUCAUUCUGUCAUGUCAGCCGCACUGAAUCUUGGUGAAGCGAUUCAUUAGUCAACCUGAGGUAGUGGAAGCCUUGGCCCAGCUCCUGAGUGUAGAAUUUGACAUCGUUCUGGAUCCAUUUUCUCUGCAGUUCUUGACGAAUAGACAUAUUG